AUGGGAUUAACAAAACAGUAUUUGCGUUUUGCUCCUUCUGGAAAUUUAAAUAUAAUUUCAAGUUCAAAAUGUAACGUAGUGUUUGUUACAUUAGAAGGCAAGGAUGGUAGAUUUGUUGCUGCUGGUGCAUGUGAAAAUGUUGUUAUUUGGGAUUUUAACCUUCGAGAAAAGGCUCAAGUGUUGAGUGGAGAUAAGGCUGAGGUUACUCAAUUAGCAGCAUCACCGAAUAAGCGUCAUAUUGCUGUUGGUUAUGCCGACGGUACAGUUAAAACUUUUGAUUUACGUUCAGGAGAGAACAUCAGUAUUUUUGUGGGACAUAAAUCAGAAAUUACCACGCUGGCUUAUGAUUCUUUAGGUCAUCGCUUAGCUUCUGGUUCUAAGGACACAGAUAUUAUUGUUUGGGAUGUUGUAGCAGAAACUGGAAUCUGUCGUUUAGCAGGACACAAAGGAGUAGUUACUAAAGUAUCAUUCAUGAAAGAAAAUAAUAUUCUGAUAAGUGCAUCCAAAGAUACUUUUGUUAAAUUCUGGGAUCUUGAUACAGAGUACAAUUUCCAUACGCUCGUAGGACACAGGUCUGAAGUAUGGGGAUUUUGUCUGGUUAAAAAUGAUAAAUACUUAGUAACCGGAUGUAACGACACUGAAUUACGUGUUUGGAAAAUAUUUAACGUUGAAAACAACGAAGAUGAUAAUCCACUAAACAUAAACUCGUUAAAUAUUAACGAAGAGGAAGCAAUUGAUGUUAAUUAUCCAAUGAGAUGUGAAAAAAUUGGCAGUAUCUUACGCGCUGGUCGCGGUCGCGUAAUUUCACUAACUACUGAUGCUACUAACGACAUUAUUGCUUGUCAUGGAAAUGGAAAUAGCAUAGAAUUAUUUUAUAUGAUUCCUGAAGAUCAAGUCACUAAAAAAACAACCAAGCGACUCAAUAAAGAGAAGAAAAAAGCGCUCAAUGCUGGCAAAGAUGAAGCGAGUAUUUGUUUGGAAGCUUCUUCAACUCUUCAUGAUGAAGUCAGACGACUUGUCACGAUAAAUGCUACAAGCAAAGUUAAAUCAAUUGACUUAAUUUUGGGUGGCGGUGGUGAAGUUCGUGUGUGUGUUGGGCUCAAUAAAAAUUCUUUAGAACUGUAUUCAUUAUCUGCCAAUGAUGAAAGGAAACUUAAAAAUAAAAACGAUGAGGAAAAUAAUGUUAUGUUAAAAUGCUCGAUCUCGCUACAAGGACAUCGCACUGAUGUUCGGGCUGUUUGUUUCAGUUCAGACAAUUCGGCUUUUGCAACUGCUAGUGGAGAAUCUAUUAAAUUAUGGGAGAGAUCAACUUUGACUUGUGUAAAAACUGUUGGUUCUGGAUAUGUCUUAACGCUUACAUUCGUACCUGGUGACAGACAUAUUAUUGCUGGAAUGAAGGAUGGUAAAAUUUUGAUCAUUGAUAUAUCGAAUGGUGAUAUUCUUGAAGAAAUUCCGGCACAUCAACAAGACUUAUCGAGUGUCGCUUUAUUUUCCAAUUUGAAAGGGAUUGCCAGUGGCGGGCUUGAUAAAACUGUUAAGUUUUGGAAUUUUGAACUCAUAGAUGAUACAAUUAAAGAAACAAAAUGCAAAGUAUUGUCAUUGAUCCACUCGAAUACCCUAAAUUUAGAAGAAGGUGUACUCUGUGUAAAAAUCACGCCCAAUAGCAAGUAUAUAGCAGUUUCACUUUUAGAUUCUACAGUUAAAAUUUUUUAUUUCGACACUCUCAAGUUUUUUAUAUCUUUGUAUGGUCAUAAAUUACCGGUUCUUUGUAUGGACAUUUCUAGUGAUUCAACGCUUAUUGCAACUGGAUCGAUCAUUUGUCGGAGCUUUUGGCUAAAAUUCUUUCUGAACAACCGCAAAAUGCUGUGGAUUUUUUCGAGGAGUACAGCCGUCAAUUGA